AUGCUGCGCCGCACACUAUACACUCUCACCCGCCCUCGCAACUUGGCCGCUGCGUCGCGGGACAAGGCGCACUUCGACGUGUGUGUCAUCGGCGGUGGCCCUGCCGGGAUUGCGGCAGCACUGCGGGCGGCCGAUUAUAACAAGCGCGUCUGCAUCGUUGAGAAGGCGCGGCUUGGAGGCAAUGACUUGUGGGACGGCGCACUGCAGUCGAAGACCAUGUGGGAGUGCUCGUCUAUCAUGGCCAAGAUGCGCGGCGAUGCAGCCAUGCGCCUCUACGGCGAGAGCCUCGAUCGCUACCUCGAGAUCGACGAGGUCAAGAUGCGGCAGUCAAUGGAACAAGUGAGCCGCAUCCGCGAGGAGCAGAUCCAGGCAGCACUCAACGCCUCGCCGAACGUAGAACUCGUGUUUGGCAGGGCGACCUUUAGCAGCAAUCACGAGAUCCAGUGCCAUAACAAGCGGACGAAGGAGUUCCGAAGCAUCACGGCGGACUAUUUCAUCGUCGCCACCGGGUCGAAGCCACGGAAGCACCCUUUCGUGGCAACGGACGGGCGGUUGGUCAUGACCUCUGACCACGUCAUGCGAGCCCCGCUGCCGAAGAGCUUGGUGAUCGUGGGCGCUGGCGUGAUUGGCUGCGAGCUUGCCAGCAUCAUCGGCCGCCUCGGCAAAACGAAAGUCUCCAUCAUCGACAAAGCGCCGCACAUCCUGCCGCGGGAGGACCCCGACAUUGUUCGCGUGAUCGAGGGCGGUAUGGAUCGCGCCGGGAUCGUUGUCCACCACAACUCCGACCUCUAUGAUAUGCAGCCGUGGGAGGAGACGGAGGAGGAGGCGAAGGCGCGGCACCCGGCCGACCCCGCGCCGCAGUCUGGCGUGCAGUACACUGUAAUGGAUCGAACCACGCGGAAACUGACAACGUUCCAGGUGGAGCGUGCCCUCAUCUCGAUCGGCCGCGUGCCGGACUACUCCCGCCUCGGUAUCGAGAACACCACUCUCAAGACGCGUGGCAGCCAGCUGCACGUGAACGAGUUUGGCCAGUGCGUUGACACGCCACACAUCUUCGCCGUCGGCGACGCCGCUACGCACAUGCAGCUCGUCAGCAUGGGCGAGGCCCAGGCGAAGCUCGCCGUGGACUAUAUCUACGGCACGGAGCCAAAGGUAGUGCCGAACUUGAUGGAGACCAUGUCCAGCGUUGCCUUCUUGACCCGCGCCGUCGCCUCCGUCGGGUACAACGAGUCGCAAUGCCAGGAGAAGGGCAUUGCCUACAUUGCUGCGCGGUACAGCUACGAGGUCGUCAGCCGCGCGGUGGCUGCUGCCAACACGAAGGGCUUCGUGAAAAUCAUCUGUGCCGACGACCCGGAGCGGCGCAUCCUCGGCGUGCGGGCGUUGGGCAUGAACGCGAGCACACUCGUAGAUAUUGGUGCACUGGCCAUUCAAAACGGCCAGAGCGUGUUCGACCUCGCGGGUCGCCUGACUGCGUAUCCAGCCGUCUCGCAGGCCUUCCAGGAGUGUCUGCGGUCCAUCCUAGACCUCCCAGCACAGCUAAAUGCAGAUCCGGCGCGCGGCGUUAAGCUGACGAAGUGGACGCCAUCUGACAUGAACAGGGGGGUGGCUUACAAGGGAAAGACGGCGGCGUCGGACUAG